AUGGAGGCAGAGGAGCGGCCUGCAAAGCUUCGAAAGCUCAACUCUAACGAUGACACCGGUUCAGCUGAAGACGCGGGUACUCCUCUGUUGUCGAAACUACCUGGCACGACCAAUGGCACCGCAGAUGCUCCGUUGUCGCAGAACAGUAAGCCAGAGGAGGAGGAGGAGUAUACUGCUAAUAUUGAAGACUCUUCAGUGAAGCGAAAAGAUGGAGGAGAAUUCAUCCCAGAUGAGUCGGAAGGCCUGGACGUAUCCCCAGGAACCUUACCAGUUGAUGCCCACACACUCCCUACCCUGCACCGUCCGCAAGAUGACGACCUGCAAAAGCCGCUGUCCAAGAACCAGUUGAAGAAACUACGAAAGCAACAAGAAUGGGAGGCCGCCCGAGAUUACCGCAAGGCGAAGCGGAAACAGAAGACACAGGAGAAGAAGGCGAGGAAACGGGCCGCCCGAGAAGAGGAGGAACAGCAUGGUCUCCAGACGCUGCAACGGUCUCCCGCUGUCGACGGAGGGGAUGGAAAAGUUGACGGGAUACAGACGAAGACAGUCUCAAAUCCUCCUCGAGUACCUCCUAAGAUGAAACACCGUCGGUCUAUCCAGGUCCCCAUGACCAUUCUCAUAGACUGCGGCUUCGACGAUCUCAUGUUGGAUAAGGAACGCAUAUCGCUGGGCUCACAACUCACGCGGUCUUACUCUGACAACUCGCGCUCGCGGUAUCGGGCUCAUCUUGUGAUUAGCUCCUGGGGUGGACUACUGAAGAACAGGUUCGAUACAGUGCUCAACAAGCAUUAUUUGAACUGGAGGAAUGUCACGUUUGUGGAGGGGGAUUUUGUCGAGGCGGCGAAGAAGGCUGACGAGUUGAUGAAAGGGCCUGGAGGUGGCAAUCUCGUCGGUUGUUUUGAGAAGUACGCUGCUGCUCCACAAGCUGGUGCGGGUGGCCCAGUUUCCGCCGUUCAGGGCGAAACAUCCAACGUUGCCAAUGGGUCAGCACCCUCUGCACGACCCGACAAGGUCGAGGGAACUGGUGCAACAGACGGUACUCCCAGCGACCAGCAACCGUCAGCAACCAGGGAUCCUCAACCCACCCAACCCAAAAUCCCGCAUUCUUCUCCGCCGACAGACCCAUCUGCCCCUCCCCAUGGCGAAGUCAUCUACCUCACCUCCGACUCGCCCGACACCCUGACCACCCUGUCCCCCUACUCGACCUACAUCGUCGGCGGCCUGGUCGACAAGAACCGCCACAAGGGCAUCUGCUACAAGACGGCCCGGGAGCGCGGCAUCAAGACCGCCAAGCUGCCCAUCGGCGAGUACCUGGAGAUGACGUCCCGGAAGGUCCUGGCCACGAACCACGUCGUCGAGAUUUUGCUCAGAUAUCUCGAGGAGGAGGACUGGGGCAAGGCGUUUUUGAGGGUCAUUCCCAAGAGGAAGGGGGCCGGUUGA